UUCCACCUGAAGACGACAGUGCUGCAUCUGGCACACAGGCUCCAUGAAUACCAAUGCCUGGGUGUUUUGUUCACCACUGCAUUGUCAGCCCCAGAAGAAAGCCUAAGCACAGAAGCUCCUCUGACAGUGAGUCAAUCCUGACCAUCCUCCAGGUCCUUGAUGAGCUGCUUUCUGCUGGCACUGACCGGAGGAUUCACUACAUGAUCAGCAAGGGUGGCAGUGAAGCCCUGCUGCAGACGCUGGUGGACUUGGCUAGGACAGAGUCCCCUGACUAUGGCAUCCUCCUGCCACUCUUCCGGCUGCUGGCCAAAGUUGGCCUAAGAGAUAAAAAGUUUGGACAGAAGGCACUGGAGUUGGAGGCACUUGAUGUGACAUUGAUUCUGGCCAGGAAAAACCUAUCCCACAGCCAGAACCUUCUUCACUGUCUCUGGGCUCUGCGUGUGUUUGCCUCCAGUGUCACCACAGGAGCCAUGCUGGGGGUUAAUGGAGCCAUGGAACUGCUCUUCAAGGUCAUCACCCCUUACACCCAGACAUGCACUCGCACAAUCAGGGUAGCCACUGAAGUUCUGGCAGCGUUGCUGAAAUCUAAGUCCAAUAGCCGCCGGGCAGUGAACAGAGGCUAUGUCUCUGGCUUGCUCAGGCUGUACCAGGACUGGCACUGCCACGACACAGUCCAUGCCUACAUGCAGAUCCGCCGGGCGCUUCUCCUCUGUCUCAAGCACAUUGCCGCGCUCCGAUCUGGCAGGGAGGCUUUCUUGGCGGCUCAGGGCAUGGAGAUCCUAUUCAGCACCACCCAGAACUGCCUGGAUAACAAAACCAUGGAGCCCGUCACCUCCCUCGUACUUCAGAUCCUGCGGCAGUGCUACCCUAAGUGUCUACUUCCCUUGGUCACAGCCAGCAGUGCUUAUGCCUUCCCUGUCCCUGGAGUCAUCGUCUCUGAACCAUCGUGUGUUCUAACUGAAGAAGAUUUUGAAGAUGAUGAUGAAGGAGAAGUGGACAAGGACUCAGAUUCUGAAGAUCUGAAAGAGGAAGAUAAUGACUUGGAAACAGAUGUGAACAAGCUGAGUUCCAAACCUGGCCUUGACCGACCUGAAGACGAAUUGAAGCAAUACGAGGCAAUGUGUCUUGAGCUCUCCUGUAGCUUCGAGGAGCUGGAGUCAAGAUUUGGAGAUGAUUUGAACUUCGAAGAGAUUGAGUGCGCCAAUCACUACUACAUUCCGACUGCUGCUGCCUCCCCAAAGCAUCAUGGCUUGAAUAAGGACCAAAGCCCCUGGGGACUAGAAAGAGAAGACAUAGUCCAGGCGUCCAUUCUGAGCAUGGUGAAGAUAGAGAGGUCAACUGUGCAUCUAGCCUCCAAGAAAAGACCUGCAAUGAAAGCAGACCAAAACGUAGAUUCCAAUGGUCUUAGGAUAGAUUCUUCUGGAAAUGGAAUCCCUGAUGUGCAGGCUUCCAUGAAAGAGGAUACUUGGGACAUAGAUGCUGUCUCCUGCCUGAGGAUGAGUGCCUCUUUUUCCAAUUCCACUAGGCCUAAAGAAAUUGCUAAAGUAACAGAAAAGCUUCUGCAGACACAUCCCAAGGAUAUCCCCUUCCACAAUCCCUAUCUUUAUAUGGCCAAUGCCAGAAGAAGCAGAUCUGUGGCAGAUUUCAAGAUGAUGGCAUUUCCAGAUCUCUGGGGACACCACCCACCUUCUUCCGCCCAACCCAUGUUGGAACGCAAAUGUGGAGUCCAAAGGAUCAAGAUAUUUGAGGAUGUCCGGAGGCUCAUCCAGCCAAAUGAUGUCAUAAAUAAAGUUGUCUUCAGUUUAGAUGAGCCUUGGCCUUUGCAAGACACUGCCUCCAAUUGCUUAAGGUUCUUCUCCAAGUUUGAGUCAGGAAAUCUUCGCAAAGCUAUCCAAGUGCGUGAGUUUGAAUAUGAUUUGUUGCUCAAUGCCGAUGUGAGUGGCACCCAGAACCAGCAGUGGUUCUACUUCAAGGUCAGUGGUAUGAGGGCUGCCAUCCCUUACCGCUUCAACAUCAUCAACUGUGAGAAGCCCAACAGCCAGUUUAAUUAUGGGAUGCAACCAGUCAUGUAUUCGGUGAAGGAGGCUCUUCUUGGCAGACCCACCUGGAUACGGACGGGCUAUGAAAUCUGUUAUUACAAAAAUCAUUACCGCCAGUCAGCAGCCGCAGCGGGAGGAGCGUCUGGGAAGGGGUGCUACACCCUCACCUUUGCCGUCACCUUCCCGCACAGUGAGGAUGCCUGCUACCUGGCCUACCACUACCCCUACACCUACACAGCCCUCAUGACUCACCUUGACAUCCUGGAAAAAAGUAUCAACCCCAAGCAGGUCUACUUCCGGCAGGAGGUUCUCUGUAAGACAUUGGGCGGGAACCCAUGUCCCUUGGUGACGAUCACAGCCAUGCCCGAGUCUAACAGCGAUGACCAUCUGGAGCAGUUUCGGCAGCGUCCAUACCAGGUGAUCACUGCCCGAGUUCAUCCUGGAGAGAGCAAUGCCAGCUGGGUGAUGAAAGGGGCCCUGGAGUUCCUGGUCAGUAGUGACCCUGCAGCGAGGCUCCUGAGGGAAAAUUUCAUUUUCAAGAUCAUCCCUAUGCUCAACCCAGAUGGUGUCAUCAAUGGCAAUCACAGAUGCUCACUGAGAGGCGAGGAUUUGAACAGACAAUGGCUCUUUCCCCGUGCUCACCUCCAGCCAACGAUUUACCAUGCCAAAGGGCUCCUCUACUAUCUGAGCAGCAAGGGCCGGAGUCCCACGGUAUUCUGUGAUUUCCAUGGCCACUCUCAAAAGAAGAAUGUAUUCCUGUAUGGUUGUAGCAUCAAAGAGACCCUGUGCCAGGCAGAGAGCACUGUGGAUGCAUCCACCCUCUCGGAGGAUGUCAGCUACAGGAGUCUUCCCAAAAUCCUGGAUAAACUGGCCCCAGCAUUCACAAUGGGCAGCUGCAGCUUCCUUGUGGAGAAAUCUCGAGCCUCCACGGCCCGGGUGGUGGUGUGGAGAGAAAUGGGGGUUUCCAGAAGCUACACCAUGGAGAGCAGCUACUGUGGCUGCAACCAGGGCCCCUACCAGGGUCUACAGUUUGGUACCAGUGAACUGGAAGAGAUGGGAGCCAUGUUCUGCUUGGGUCUCCUUAUGUUGGAACUCAGAUCCAUAAGCUGCAGCCAUCAGCUCCUGACCCGUGCAGCAGUUCUGCUGAACACUGAGGAGGAGGCUCUGGACCACCACCUGCAUAGAUGCAGCAGCAGCAACAGUAGCAUCACUACUGAACUGGAGGAUGAGCCACCCUGCAUGGAGGAGAUUGAUUACAAUACCGAUAGCAGCUCAGACCCGGAAGGGGGCUGCUUCGAGCUGGACCAGCAGAUCCAGGAGUAUGCUUUCAACAUGGACAACGGGAAGGAAGAAGAGGAGAACCUAGGGUGGGAAAGGAAAGCCAUCCCCUAG